AUGGUGAUGCAGACGGAGAUGGAGAUGGAGCGCAGGGCCUACGCGCGCGUGGGCCUCCUCGGCAACCCCAGCGACGUCUACGGCGGCCGCGCCGUCUCCUUCGCCGUCGCCGGCCUCUGGGCCACCGUCCGCCUCCGCCCCUCCGACCAGCUCCUCGUCCAGCCCCACCCGCGCCACGACCUCGUCGCCUUCCCCUCCCUCCACGCCCUCGUGGAUCGCCUGGACGGCGGCGGGUACUACGGCGGCGUGCGGCUGCUGCUGGCGAUCUGCAGGAUCUUCCACAACCACUGCAAGCACAACGGAAUCGCCCUGGAGGACAAGAACUUCACCCUGUCAUACGACACCAACAUUCCCCGCCAGGUCCCCCACCCCGAGCCGCCCCCAUCCCUCAGAUUCAUCCGUACUUUCGUGAUGCCGGCAGGGCUCUCCGGCUCCAGCGCCAUCGUCUGCGCCGCGCUCAGCUGCCUCCUGGAUUUCUACGGCGUCAGGGACAAGAUCAGGGUCGAGGUCAGGCCCAACCUCAUCCUCAACGCCGAGAAGGAGCUCGGCAUUGUCGCCGGGCUUCAGGACCGCGUCGCGCAGGUCUACGGCGGCCUUGUUUACAUGGAUUUUAGCCAGGAGCAUAUGGAUAAGCUGGGCCAUGGAGUGUACACGCCGCUUGACGUUGAUCUGCUCCCCCCUCUGUAUCUCAUCUACGCCGAGAACCCGAGUGACUCUGGCAAGGUCCACAGCAGCGUCAGGCAAAGGUGGCUCGACGGAGACGAGUUCAUAAUAUCGUCGAUGAAAGAAGUCGCGCAGCUCGCGUAUGAUGGCCACAAUGUGUUGUUGCAGAAGAAUUAUACAGAGCUCGCGAGGCUUAUGAACAGGAACUUUGAUCUGCGGAGGCAAAUGUUUGGAGAUGACGCGCUUGGCGAGGUGAACAUAAAGAUGGUUGAGGUAGCGAGGAGCGUCGGUGCUGCGUCGAAGUUCACGGGCAGUGGUGGCGCGGUGGUGGCUCUGUGCCCAGAUGGGGACGCACAGGCAGAGCUCCUGAAGGCCGCGUGCCAGCAGGCCGGCUUCGCCGUGGAGCCGAUUGAAGUCGCCCCGUCGGCCCUGACAGAGGAGCCGAUCAAAGUCACUCCAUCGCAGCUCACGGAGGAAGAGCUGAAAUUUGUUAUGGGGUAG